AUGAUGUUUGUUUCUGUUAUAUUGUGUCUUUCAUUAUUUUCAAAUAUUAUCUAUGCAACUGUACCAUUUAUUCUAAAUCCUGAUUGUGAUCUACUUGAAUGUGAACAGCCUGAUUAUCCAGCAUUAUAUUAUGCAAAUCAUAUUGUUGAUGAUAAUAAAAUUCAUAUAAUCUAUUCAACAUUAGAUGAAUUAACAAUUAGUAUAUUUCAAACAGGUAAAAAUUAUAUGCCAAUAUUUAAUUAUACAGCAUUAUUUUCACGAAAUUAUCCUGGUGCUAUACAAUUUGUUGAUACAAAGCCAACUAAUUCGUUUUCAUUAGUUCUUCGACGUUUAAUUAAAUUUGAUGAUAUAAAUGAUGAGGGUAAUAUGGCUAAAGGUGAAAAUAUAACAUCUUAUUUUUUACAUAAUAUAACAACAAAUAAUGUAACCAUUUCGAAUAGUACAAAUCAACCAACAUUUCAAUUACCAUUACCAAUGUUAAAUGGUUCAUUAAAUAUUGAUGUAAUGUAUCCUGGUGAAGCAAUACGUGAGACAAAAUCUCCAAAAUUAAGAACAACAUCAAAAAGUUAUUUUCUAAACAUUGCCUUACAAGCCAAUAAUUUUACAUCAGCAAAAACACGUUUUGCUUUUGAAUUAUAUUUAAUAUUACCCGGUGUUCAAGGUUCACAAAAAUAUACAUCAAGAUAUAUUGAUGAUCAUUUUACACCAGGUAUUUUUAAUGUUUACCAAAUAAAAACACUUGAUUCAUUAUAUUCAUCAUCUAUGUUAUGGAAACCGGUUGUAUAUCAAAGUGAAGAUCGAUCAGUUGAACAAAGUACAUUAAUGCAAAUAUAUGAUAUAAAAAAUAAUGUUACACUUGAUCCAAAUAUUGAUCAAGGUACAUUUUAUUCACUUCUUUCUCAUCCAUUUGUAUCAGCAUUUAAUCUUUCUAUUGGUCAAGCAAAGGAUGGUUUCUUUGCUAAAACAAAUUAUACAUUUAUACAAUUUACAGCUGGUCUUGAUUAUCUUGAACCUGAUUCAACAAAAGUAUUUGUUACAGUCGCAUUGAUUGCUAGUCUUGCUUUACCAGCUUUAGUUGCAAUUGUUGCAUUAAUAUUUAUUUUAAGACGACGAUUUUCACGACAAACACAAAGUAGUUAUAAUGCUAUUGACGAUUAA